AUUUCAUCAUUCUGCUGUCGGUGGUUCCACGCUUGAUGCUUCGCAGCGCCGCUACAGCAGCGCUGGUGAGAACCCACAGUUACUUCUCCGUGUGCCCGCUGUCCAGGCUCCACUAUUUGCCGCAAAAUAGGCCGCUCUCAACGUCGGCAAGUCUCCUUAAGAAGAAUAAGAGCAAAAGUUUGUGGUUGCAGCUGGCGGAAGGACAAACUAUGGACGGUAGCAUUGAAGAGCAGCUUGCCUCUUUGAGGAUUUCAGUCAAAGAGCAGGGGGACCUGGUACGCAAAAUGAAAGAUGAAGGUGCACCUGAAGUGGAUAUCACUAAAGCUGUGGCUGAACUAAGGAUGAGAAAAAAAACUCUUGAAGCCAAGGAACUGGCAUUACAACCCAAAAAUGACAUAGUUGACCGAACCAAAAUGGAGGAUACUCUAAAGAGGCGAUUCUUCUAUGACCAGGCAUUUGCUAUCUAUGGAGGCGUGAGUGGUCUGUAUGACUUUGGCCCUGUGGGCUGUGCCCUGAAGAACAACAUCCUGCAGGUGUGGAGGCAGCACUUCAUCCACGAGGAGCAGAUCCUGGAAAUCGACUGCACCAUGCUUACUCCUGAGGCAGUCCUCAAGACGUCAGGACAUGUGGACAAGUUUGCUGAUUACAUGGUGAAAGAUGUGGUAAACGGUGAAUGCUUCAGGGCUGACCACCUCCUCAAAGCUCAUCUCCAGAAGCUCAUGUCUGACAAGAAAUGCACAGCAGAAAGGAAAGCUGAGCUGGAGGAUGUCAUUACUCAGAUGGACAACUACUCCCAGGAAGAGCUGGCUAAUCUGUUUGUGAAAUACGAUGUCAGGUCACCCACCACAGGAAAUGACCUCACUCCUCCCAUGUCUUUCAACCUGAUGUUUCAGACGUCCAUUGGUCCCGGAGGCAAUCAGCCAGGCUAUCUGAGACCUGAAACAGCUCAAGGAAUCUUCCUCAACUUUAAACGUCUUUUGGAGUUUAAUCAGGGAAAACUACCUUUUGCCGCUGCACAGAUUGGAAACUCCUUCCGGAAUGAAAUCUCGCCCCGCUCUGGACUCAUUCGUGUUAGAGAGUUCACUAUGGCUGAGAUUGAGCACUUUGUGGACCCCAACGAAAAGGUCCACCCCAAAUUCUCCAAUGUAGCCGAUCUGGACAUCAUGCUAUACUCCUCAAACGCUCAGACCAGCGGCCAGUCUGCUACAAUCAUGAGGCUAGGUGAUGCUGUUGAGCAGAAAGUGAUCAAUAACUCCGUCCUGGGCUAUUUCAUUGGAAGGAUCUACCUCUACCUUAUUAAAGUUGGUGUAGCCAAAGAUAAGUUGCGCUUCCGACAGCACAUGGACAAUGAGAUGGCUCAUUACGCCUGUGACUGCUGGGACGCGGAAGCCAAAACCACCUAUGGUUGGAUUGAGAUUGUAGGAUGUGCUGACCGUUCUUGCUAUGACCUAAAGUGCCACGCUCGGGCUACAAAGGUUGACCUAGUCGCGGAGAAGCCACUAAAAGAACCCAUAGUUAGGAAUGUUGUCCAGUUUGAGGCCAAUAAAGGAGCUAUUGGCAAAGCAUACAAGAAGGAUGCUAAGCUAGCCAUGGAGUAUCUCUCUGUGUGUGAUGAAUGCUUCGUUACAGAGAUGGAGCAGCUGCUCAAUGAGACUGGAGAAUUCACCAUUGAGACAGAAGGCAAAUCGUUCAAACUUACCAAGGAUAUGGUGGCUGUGAAACGAUUCCAGAAGACUGUACAUGUGGAAGAAGUUGUUCCAAACGUAAUUGAGCCGUCUUUUGGCAUUGGCAGGGUCAUGUACACCAUCUUUGAGCACACAUUCCAUGUCAGAGAAGGAGAUGAACAAAGAACAUAUUUUACCUUCCCUGCCACUGUAGCUCCAUACAAAUGUUCCAUCCUUCCUCUGAGCCCAAACCAGAUAUUCAUGCCCUUCGUGAGGGAACUGUCUGAAGCAAUGACCAAAAAUGGCGUGUCUCACAAAGUGGAUGAUUCUUCAGGAUCCAUCGGGAGGCGCUACUCCAGAACAGAUGAGAUCGGAGUGGCUUUUGGCAUCACCAUCGACUUUGACACAGUGAACAUGACGCCUCACACAGCCACUCUGAGAGACCGAGACUCAAUGAAGCAGAUCAGGGCCAAGGUCAGCGAGUUGCCUGAGAUUGUCCGCGAUUUGGCCAAUGGCACUCUAACUUGGGCGGAAGUAGAAAGCAGGUACCCCAUCUUUGAAGGACAGGAGACUGGCAAAAAAGAUGCGAUUGAAGAGUAAAUGAGUGAAGUCCAUGGACUUGUUGCCUAGUCUUCACAUCACCAGGAGGAAUUUUUCAACUGCAUCGUGAUCAGCUACAGUGAUGCACCAAACUUCUCCAGCCACUUAAGUCAUGUAUUCAUCAUAUUUAACAGCUAUGGGUAACGUGCAUAAGAAUUUUCAGUUGCGUUUCAUCCAUGAAAGCUCACGUGUUUUUAAAAGGGGAAACUGUAAUCAGGUCGUGGGGACCACCAUUCCAGGUUUUGGGGCAGAUUGGAACAGUCUGGUGUCAAUAAAAGCAGCCAGCACUUACUGGACA